AUGGGCACCUCAUCACCAAAUUCGCGAAUUCUAUCGAGGCCAGCGGCCCUUGCUAUUGUCGGGAUCAUGAUCGGACUCUCCACGACCUGGUGCUUCUCGUCAAUAACAAGGAUGCCGCCAUUGAUGUGUGAAACUGUGGCUGUUAGUCGGAUAAAACCCGAUCAAGGAUUUGUGCUCGUCGGAAUAAUGACAGCAGCCAAAUAUGUUGACUCGAGAGCCUACAAUGUUUGGAAAACCUGGGCAAAGCACAUCAAUGGAAAAGUACUCUUCUUUGUCGCAGAAAACACGGAGAGCAUCUAUCCUGAUUUGCCGCUCGUUCGAUUGAAAGGCGUCGAUGACACCUAUCCACCGCAAAAGAAGAGUUUUGCUAUGCUACGAUGGAUGGCCGAUAAUCAUAUCGACAACUUUGAUUGGUUUGUGCGAGCUGAUGACGAUUUAUAUAUUCGUGGCCCCGAACUAGAAUCUUUCUUAAGAUCACUUGAUUCAUCUCGGCCAUAUUUGGUUGGGCAAGCCGGUUUGGGAAACAGCGCCGAGUAUGGACUUUUGGCGCUGGGAAACACGGACAACUAUUGCAUGGGUGGUCCUGGAGUCGUUCUAAGCCGACAAACAUUGAGAUUACUGUCGCCACAUCUUGAAUCUUGCCUUUCACAUCUGCUAACAACGCACGAAGAUGUCGAACUUGGACGUUGCAUUCGGAGACACGUGGGCGUAUCGUGCACCUGGAACUACGAGAUGCAGAAACUCUUUCACAACAAUCAGAGCACAACAACGGCCUACACCGGGAGUCUACAUGAGCUCACUGCUGCCAUUACAAUUCACCCAAUCAAAGAUCCUCGGAUUAUGAAUAGAGUCCAUGCGCAUCAACGAGCCCAUCAAUUGAAACAACUACGAGCAAAACGGAUUUUACUCGAAUCGGAGUUGACCGGGUCUCACCAACCAGGCCUAAUAAGAGUACAACCAAACAGAACAUCUGACUUGGAACCUUGGAAUUUCAUCAACAAUCAGAAAAUUAUCUUCUGCACGGAUAGAGUCACUUGUCCUCGACACACGGUCGAGUUAAGUGUGAGAACGGAAGCGAGUGAGAUCAUCAACCAGCUUUUCGAUGAGUUUAAUUCCAAUGCUCGCCAACGGGGACGUGUUCUUCAAUUCCAAAGCCUGCAAUAUGGAUAUAUGCGAGUGGAGCCCAAAUACGGUGUGGACUAUGUGCUUGACAUGAUUUUGUGGUUCAAGAAAUUCCGUCCACCACACCGAACAACGCUCAGCGUCCGGCGACAUGCCUAUGUACAGCAAACAUUUGGUCCUCUACAAGCCACCGAUGAUUCAAAAAUUCGAGCAAAUUUGAGGCACUUCUCAAAUUCGUCUUACGAUGAAGAAGUGGUCCCACACAUUCAUAUGAUCUUGCCGUUGAGAGGACGAGCUGAGAUAUUUCAACGUUUUGCAGCUCACUUAAGGAAUGUUUGCCAGCGGGAAAGCGGUGUGACAUUGGUACUCGUACUCUACGAAUCGGAUGAUGUUGAGCAAAAUAGGAAGACGGCUGCCGAAUUAAGCGACGCUAUCACAGUGAAGAUUGUUGACAUGGGCGAUCAGAAGUUUUCACGAGGAGUUGCUUUGAUGAAGGGCGCAAAAGAUCUUCCACCAACAGCUCUAUUAUUCUUCACCGAUGUUGACAUGCUAUUCACUUGUGACACUCUGCAACGAAUCCGGCAAAACGUCAUUCUUGAAGCUCAGGUUUACUUCCCAAUCGUUUUCUCGGAAUUUUCACCCGAAUCUUGGUCGGAGAAUGAUAAGUUGCUCGCUGAUGCUUUCCAUUAUGGUCGCCGCCGGGGAUAUUUCCGUCACUUUGGAUUUGGACUUGCUGCUCUUUACAAGGCUGAUUUGGAUCGAGCUGGUGGAUUCAACACUGGAAUUGACGGUUGGGGCUUGGAAGAUGUGGACUUCUUCGAAAGGAACCUGCGUACUCAAAAUCUUCGCAUCAUUCGAGCGCCCGAGCCUGGACUUGUUCACAUCUACCAUCCAAUCGUGUGUGACCCAUCUCUGCCCGCGCCACAGAAGAACAUGUGUCUUGGGAGUAAAGCGGCCUCGCUCUCCUCGAUUGACGCGCUCGUCGAUCAGAUCACGCAAUACGUU